AUGCGCCAAGAAUUAAGUGGAUACCUAUGCAGAGUCAUAGUGGGGUUUGCAUUUGCUUCAGCCGUCUUUGGAUGGCCAAAGGACAAGCAUGCACCAUUCCCAUUUCCGCGUCAAAACCACCACUCACUACCAAAUCCCCUUUCCCUUAAUCAUUCUAAUUCAACACACAACACCACCGCCACCACUUCAUGCAAACACAAAACACGCACAUGCGGCACUUGCGUUGUGGCAUGCAUCGAAGAACUCAGCGGGGUUGACAAUUAUAGGAACUGUGGUGGUGGUGGAGCUCAACUAAAAUUUCCUCGGAAUUCGAUUUCGUUGUUGUAA